AUGAAGUUUGUUUUUUCAUUUCUAUUCUUUCUUUUCGCUUUCAUCACCAAUCUUUCACAAACUUUCUCAUAUGAUGAUGGUGUACCAAUAAUUGACACAGGUUUGGUUGCCGUUCACCCAUAUAGUCGUUACUUCAUUGUCCCGUCAUUUUUCGGCAUCCGUAGUGGCAGACUAAAACUAGUAAAAACUGGUGAUUCAAACUGUCCAGUUACUGUCCUAGAAGAAGAUUUCACUAGUGAUAGAGGUACAUCGGUGAAAUUCAGCAUAAUAGGAACAAGCUAUGAUAUCUUGACAGGUACACCAAUUGAGAUAGAGUUCACAAAGAAGCCAGAUUGUGUUGAAUCAUCAAAGUGGUUGGUGUUUGUUGAUAAAGCUAUUCAAAAAUCUUGUGUUGGUAUUGGUGGACCUGAGAAUUAUCCUGGUAUGGAAAUAUUGAAUGGCACAUUUAAUAUUCAGAAAUAUGGUGGUGGUUUUGUAUAUAAGUUUGUGUUUUGUGUUGAUGGAUCUAAUACUUGUUCGGAUAUUGGGUGGUUUAAUAACGGUGAAGGUGGAGGACGUUUGAUUUUGACUAAUUAUCAGAUUUCUGCUUUUGUGUUUUUUGAGACUUGGGCUUAUCAAGAUGGAGGAGUUGUUAAGUCUCUUGCUUGA